AUGGCUCUUCUAGCCUCACUCCUUCGGAGCGAAAAGCGACCCGUAUUUCUUGAAAUCCGUUCAUCAGCCGGUCUCAUUGUCACGACGGCUUCCUUUGCCACAUUCACUGACGUCUUCUUAUACGCGGUCAUUGUCCCCGUACUACCAUUUUCCUUGUCUAGCCGCGCCGGUGUCGCUGAAGAUCAAGUUCAGUACUGGAUCUCAAUAUCCCUGGCUGUCUAUGGAGCCGCCCUCCUCGCUUCAUCCCCCAUCUGGGGGUAUCUCGCGGACCGGAUCCGCAACCGCAAGAUUCCCAUGCUGGUCGGCCUGAUAUUCCUCACCGGUUCCACAGUGUUCCUCUGCUUGGCCACUAACAUCGCCAUGCUACUAGUCGGGCGCGUGCUACAAGGCUGCUCCGCCGCCCUCACAUGGACCGUUGGCCUCGCCCUCGUCGUCGAUUCCGUGGAUGCUAGUCAACUUGGAAUGGCAACGGGCUGGGUCGGCAUGGCCACCAGCUUGGGGGUGCUCCUCGCGCCUCUGUUGGGCGGUCUCGUCUACGAGCAUGGUGGCUACUACUCCGUAUUCGCCAUGUGUUUCGGCAUUCUUGCUGUUGACAUCGCACUUCGAAUAGCCAUCAUCGAGGUCAAGGAAGCCAAGAGGUGGAUAGACAAGACACCUGUGCAGAGUACUACCGAGAUGUCUGGUGCUAUCAAGGAUGUUGUUACUAAAUCGGAGCCCACAGGAGAUAACGCUGUCCAGCGCGUUGGUAAGGAUAACACGAUGGCGGAGAUGUCUGAGGAAGCUACUCUCAAUCGUAACCAACCAUCGCCGGCUUCCAAACACAACCAUGUUAUCGGACCCCUGAUCGGGCUGCUGCGCAAACCAAGACUCCUCGCUGCUCUAUGGGGCACUCUAGUCCACGCCAUCAUCCAGACGUCGUUUGACAGUACGCUCCCGCUCUUUGUCAAAUCAACAUUUCACUGGGACUCGACCGGCGCAGGACUAGCCUUCCUCCCAUUGGUGGCUCCCUGCUUUAUCAGCCCGCUCAUCGGGAUCAUGAACGACAAGUACGGGCCCAAGUGGCUCGCAACAAGCGGCUUCAUCAUCGCUACGCCGUUCCUGAUAUGUCUUCGCUUCGUGUCCGAGGAUAGUAUCAACCACAAGAUCAUGAUGUGCGGACUGCUGGUGGGCGUCGGGCUGGCCGUCGCCCUGGUAUUUGGUCCUCUGAUGGCGGAAAUCUCCUGGUCGGCAGUCGAUGGCAUGGAUCCGACGCAAGACGACAUGUCAGCCGUGCCCUACGCACAGGCAUACGGGCUGUACAACAUGGCGUUUUCGGGCGGGUGUAUGCUCGGGCCCAUAUUGGGUGGCCUGAUAAGGGACAGAGCUGGAUGGCCCACGGUCUGUUGGGUGCUAGGGCUGAUCACUGCGGCAUCGACAAUCACACAAGCCCUCUGGAUCGGAGGGCCUCUGAAGCUGAAGCUGCCAGGACGAGCCGGUGAGUCGUCGUAG